UCCGUUCCAAUAUAUUAAUAUCCUUCCUAGGAAGUUCUUGUCGAUAUCACCUCCUCCGACGCCAAAGUCGGUAUUCAUAUCGAAUAUAUUGAUAUCGUCUCAACGACGUUCUUUUUAAUAUCAAUAUCAACACUACCUUCCGAUGUCAAAGUCAGAUACUAAUCCUAUCAGCUGGUGCGCGGGCAUAUUUUGCUGGUUACUACUGGCGGCAGUGAGCAUAGCCGGCAUUUUGGUUUUCGUCGGUUACAUUGUCAUAAGGCCUAAGGUGCCUCAAAUAAGUGUAGCAAGUGCACAACUUGACAACCUAUAUUUUGAUCAAAUAAGUAUGUUAACAGUCCAAGUUUCGGUUGUGAUCAAGGCUGAGAAUGACAAUGACAAGGCUCAUUCGAGUUUCUAUGGCAUGAGGUUCCUUCUAAGCUUUCAAGGGGUGAAAAUGGCUCGUCUGGUUGCUGAACCGUUUUAUCUAAAUGCAAAUAGUUCUGUCGAGUUCAACUACGUACCUGAGCCGAGUACGAUCCCAUUGAGUCCCGAAGAUGCUGAAGGUGUUAGCAGGUCUUUGAGGGAGAGAAUAUUAACCUUUGAUCUUAAAGGGAGGACUAAAAUUCGAUGGGGGACAGGUCCAAUUGCUUCAGUUGAGAACUGGUUGCGUUUGCGUUGCAAACUCCAUUUACCAGUUGAUGGAACUAGGAUAUUCCCAAAAUGUAGAUCGAGAUCGAAAUAAUUUUUCCUCUUGAGGCCCCAGAUCCAAGUUCCGUUUGCAGGGGGGACGGGGAGAGCUGCAGGCCGAGAAGCUUUCAGGACACAACAUUUUUUGUGCACUAUCUCAUUGAACUAAUUUCUUUUACUAUCUUCGUAUUCAAGAUUUCUAUUACUCGCUUCAUAUUCAAUAAAAACAUUUGCAAACUACA